AUGUCAAAGCAAGCUAUCAAGCCCAAAGCAGGACCAGAUGUCUACCAGCUCAAGAGAAACUUAGCUCUUGAGCUUGGGGCUUCUACUACUGAGCAACAUGUCCUUCUUCAGGUCACCCAGCAUCAAGUUGAUGGAUGUACAAGUGCUGUGAUGCGCCCAACUCUUGCAGAGCACAAGGCUGGACAGCCACCAACAGCCAGAUGGGCAAGCAUCACAGGAGCUUCAAUGGUUGAGCAUGAAGACCACAAAGGUCCCUUGACCUAUUACAAGAAGGUGCUCCUGGUCAAUGAGCAGUCAGAAUCUCUGCUGUGUAGGUUCACUGCCCCUAAUCUUGCACACAGAAGAGAUGGGCCAAGGAUGCCACAGAAGGCAAGGUCAUCUUUGAUGCCAUUCAAGAGCUAUGCAAAGACUCUAGGCAAGGAAGGGCUACCAGGGAUGGAGAGAAUGACAAGGAUGUGAGGCCUCUUGCUGAGAUCAAAGCUGAAAAGGAGAGAAAGGAAAAGGCAGCUCAAGAGAAGAAGGUUGCCCAGCCUGCAGAGGGUGCCAACACCAGGUGCUUCAGUCUGGGGUUUUGGUAUGACCAAGCUUGUAGCUGGCAUGGGCCAAUCAAAGAUCUGCUACAAAGUGAGUGAGGGAGCUGGUUUGUGGAGUAAGACAGCACUGGUUUGUCAACAUUGAGUAAGACAGCACUGCAAAGGCUUGCUGACACAAAGCUCACUGUCAGAUAAUGUCACAGCAAAACAAGAGAAGACUACAAGCUUUAUGAUCUGGUGGCAGAAGUACAUGACCAGCCAUGUUGAGCCUUUGUGCAGUGCACAUCUACCAAAGCAGUGGGAUGAAGGCCUCAAGAAGAGGAACACAGCCAUGGAGUGGAUCAAGGAGCACUGGCCAUCAGCUGGUGUGCUUUGCCCUAACUUCUUCUCCAUGGUCACAGUCUUUGAUGGGUACACUCCAGGAAGCCACAAGGAUGAUCAGCAUGCUGAACCCUCUUGCCUCCUUAACUUUGGUGCAGCAGCUUGGCUAGUGCUCCCAGACUUCAAGGUGCAGGUCCUUUUGCAGCCCCUAGAUGUCUGCUUUCUCAACACCCAGCAACUUGCCCAUGCAAGCUACAAGCCAGUCUGGGCAGAUGGUAAGGAGAGAUGGGCUUGCUUUUGCUUCUUCAGGGAGUAGAACCUGGAUGAGAACAGAGAUGACCUCCCAACUCACAAGAAAAGAAAGCUUGAGGAAGUGGCACAAGAGGUCAAAGAGGCCUGGCAUCGUCGUGCUAGCUAGGACAAAGAGGUGAUUCCGAGCAUUGGUAAUUCCAUAGUUGAGCCAUUGGUGGGAGCAGGAUGAAGAGGUCGCAUCUGUUCCUCUUUUUGGUAGUGCAGGGAGCAAUGGUGUUGCGCAGGGGCCCUACUUUCAAGAAGCAUAUGUUCACCAAUUCAUUCAAGAUUGCUUGCUCACUGGUUAGCAUGGGUUGAAUCACCCGUCUAAGGAGGCUGCUGUUUGUGCAUUGCCGCGCGCUCUUGGUUUCUCCUCAUGAUCUUGCCUGCUUGAUCCAGUACACAAGCAGUUUCAGGGGAUCAAACAGGCAUCAACAUUUUCUUGUUUAUUUACGGGCUUUUAAGGGGAUGGAUGGGUUCCAACAUCUUCCAACACCUUCUUGGUCAUCUUGUGUGGUUUUCUAUGUCAUAGGUAAGCGGGGUUUUCUAAGUGUUCUUAGAGGCAGCCACAAUGUAGGUCAUGGUGGUGCGCAUAGUUUGCUUGUGUAAGGGUGGCACAAAGAGCGAGGGAGCGCAUUUGUGGCUUUAGGGACAAUCUUGCCAAUGACCAGUGUCACGACCGACAACGGCACCGGUCGGGUUGGUCAGGGCUACGCUCGUGUAGUCCGGGAACUUUGGGUGAGGCCUUGGGAAGCCUGGGAACGGGGUUCGGGAGGCUCGGGUACUUCGGGUGAUCAGGCAAGUAUGCUAUACUAUUGCUAGAAGGUUUGGAUGCUUCGGUGACUAUGACACAGAAGCGGGGCGAAUCCUAGGAUAGCUGAGUAAAGACAAUAAUUGCGACCAGGAAGUAGGGAAGCAAGGGGGAGCGCCGCGGGCAAGGAAACAAGGGUGAGCGCCGCGGGCAAAGAUGGGCUCGGGCGGUCCGGGGAGCGUGGCGCGCGCACCGGUCACGUGGGUACAGGCGGUGGUGACGGCUGACGCGUCUAACAACCAGCUGAGCCUCAUUUUUUUUGGUGUUGUCUGCUUGUUGCACCAUUCUCGCAAGCAUCAAGCUUCUGUGUUCCAUCCUGACGUGAAAAGGGUGUCAAGGAGAAUAAGCAAUGUGCCUUGUCCCAACAUCAUGUUUCUGUGCACUUACUCUCGAGACUUGGGCACUUAGUCGGAGCCUGUGGAGUUGUCAGGGUUUGCAGAGUUGUCUGAUUCUACCCAGAGCUCUUCUGGGCUGUACAGAAAUUGGGCAUGGGCUUCGUUACUUAUAAGUAAAAGACGCAGGCCUUCGUGUCAUAGGUCGCGCGGAGUGCGUGGUCCAACCAGCCAUGUGUUGCACCUGCAACAGCGCCAAGCCUUCUAUGACAAGGUCAGACACACUCCCAUGAUGCGUAUCAUCACACACAGGGCCCCAUGUCUCUGUCAUGUAUUUGUUACGCUCCCUGCACUCUCUGUAAUGAUUGACACUUGUCUGCUAUACACAGACAAGCAUUCACAAAAGGCAUAUAAGGAGCCCUUCAUCCAGCCUCCUCCUCUCUCAAAAUCAUCACUCUUACCACCAUCUUCUCCAACCGCAACCUUGUCUGACUGCCUCUGCAUGACAACUGGACUUAAUCACCCAGCCGUCACCAUUGUUACCAUCUGUCCUCCUUGUACCCUAGCUGAGUACGCCUGAGCUGUACUGUUCUGCUCACCAACUGCAUGCUCCCUGCUCUUUUGUUUGUUGGGCACAGAACCUUAUCUGCGCCAGCAACAUCUCUGGUCAUCACCGCUGAGUUGCAUUGUUACAGCACAUCACUUUCUGCGAGACCUUCCCGUCAGCGGACAGCCCUGCAGAAGAUGAGAUCGUCUCCAGCCCAGCAACACUGGCUUGAGAGACGGAGGAUUCGCUCUCUUCAGCAGCUGCUUCUGGCAAAACGCAGCUGGGAAGUCCCAGUCGUCUGCAGACUGGCGCGACGGAUGUUGGGUCAUCAGCUGGGCCAGGAGCAGCCGCAGACAAGACCGCGCAGGCUUCGAUGCUGGGUGGAGAGAUCUCGCUUGCGCAGGGAAAGCCUCGCAGAAGUGCGGCAACCAAAGGGGAGGCCAAGAGGCAGGGGCAGGAUCUGACAGAUGCGGCAACGCCGACGGGUAGCAUUGGUUUAUGUAAGAGGGGGAGCACGGAGGGCAAAAGGAAAACAAAGAAAGGAGUCAAGCAGACGGGAGUGACAAGUCCAACCGCAAAGGCCAGUCUGAAGGCACAUGGUAGAAGAUGGGGUUUUGAGAGGCUGCCCAUUCCCACUCUGACACAGCUCAAAAUCAUGGAGAGGAACACUGUCGAGGCAAAGAGGCACCACAAGAAAAGAAGACUAGAGCAGGCCCUUUUGGCCAGACCAGUGGAGGAUCUUGUCAGUGUGACCCUCAAUCUGUCUAUUUGGGCGGUUGCGUUUGAGACAGAGGUAGUGGAGUAUUGCAGGGAUCAUCUGCAUGCAGACACCUUUGUCCGCUCCUGGAUACAGAUCUUGGUUAGUAUUGCCAGACAUGCUUGGGAGGACAAGAAGGGCCACCCCAAGCUAUCAGUGGAUGGGGCUGUGCAGACCAUUGUUGGGGCCUGGGCAGGUCUGGUAGAACAGACUGCCAUGGUUCCUGCCAAGGCUGGCGUGCUGAUCCCUGCAGAGACCGUCAAGAGACAGCUGGUAGACUCAUUUGGUCUGGUCAGGGUAGAUCAGGCCGGAGGGGCUGCCCAUAUCAAAGCACUCUUGGUUUGA